AGAAAUCUCACUUACAAAGGAGCAAAAACAGAGAAAGGAGGGAAAAACCCAACAAACACGCACCGGUCAAGUUGGAAACCCCCAAUUGAUCAAUUGGGUUCAAGAAAGAAAACCUGUGAAAACAAAGGAGAAAGAAAGAAGGAAAGAACUCGCGGAAGCUCAAGAUCACACCAAGAAGAAAGAGCUAUGGGAGAAAUCAUUCUUGUGUUCGUUGUAGCUGUUUUGAUGGGAAUGUCAGGCGUGGCAAAGGGGCAAUUCGCACAGACCCACUUCAUUCACAAUGGUUCCAAGGCAUCUGCAAUGUUUGUGUUGGGUGAUUCUUCUGUUGAUUGUGGAGAAAACACUCUGUUUUACCCCUUCCUUCACGAGAAUCUUUCUCUGCUACCUUGCAAUGGGUCCGAUUCUACUCUUCUUCCUUCUCUUCUUGGUACGACUAUCUUUCUUUUCUUGAAACUGUCUGUUCUUCACUUCAGCCAUGAAAGAUUACCUGCAUUCGAUUUGUUUUCUGCGUGUAUUUUUCUUUCAAGAAUCUUUCUCGAGGAGUGAAUGAAUGAUCGUGGGUACCUGCUUCAAUUCAUGAUUUCUCUGUUCUAUGAACUGCGCCUUCGAUAUUUUCUUGGAUGGUAUCUGCUUAACCAUUUCACGAAGUUGAUUUUGAUUUCAGUCCUGUAAUGUCUUCUAUGGAAAAUGCAGCUGAGAAGAUGGGUCUCCCAGACAGCGCACCAUUCUACAGCCAGAAUGGAUCCGUUGAUGGGUUGCUGAAGGGUUUGAAUUACGGCUCAGCAAAAGCAACAAUCAUGAACCCUGGCACCCCCAGCUAUCAGUCCCUUAACCAGCAGAUACGCCAAGUUUUCGAGACAUUCCAGUUGUUGCAGCUACAACUGGGUCAGGAAAAGGCAUACAAUUUCAUUAGAUCCUCCAUAUUCUAUCUCUCAUUUGGCAAAGACGACUAUGUAGAGCUCUUCCUCCGGAAUAAUUCAGAAAUAAUGGUCAAGUACAGUGGCCAGCAAUUUGCUCAGGUUCUAGUUGAUCAAAUGGUAACUGCCAUGAGAGACCUCCAUGAUGCUGAUGUGAGGAAGAUUGUCUUUCUGGGAAUACUGCCCCUCGGAUGCACCCCACGUACAGUGUGGGAGUGGUACAAUCUCACCGCUGGAGGUGACCAGAAUGGUUGUGUAGAGGAGAUCAAUGAAUUGGUUUUGGAAUACAACACAAUGAUGGAGGAGCGCAUUGUUGGGCUGAAUGGAGAGUUACCCGAUGCACAGAUAGUCUUCUGUGAUGUGUACCAAGGAAUCAUGGAGAUCAUGACUAACCCAAGAGUCUAUGGUAUGAACUAGUCCUCAAUUCUACAUUUUGAUUGUUCAAAGAAUCUGCAAAUUUUCAAUCAU